AUGUCCAUGCCUGGCAUGCUUUUCGCCCUCUUGCAGUGUCAAGACCGGAGAGAUGGAACCCUUAUCAUCCUCCCUAUCCAGCACGCCCUUCCAACGGGUGAAGGGACCUGUCUUGGGCGUGGGAGCUAUGUUGAGGCUGUCCAUCAUUGCAAGAAUCCGAGACAUGAGGGGUGCUGGAACCGCCUCUAUUACCUGAGGGGAAAUGCGUUGCUGGAGCUUCUGUCGCGCACCACGCCCGCUGCCUCCGAGCUACACCUCUUGACUACCUACGAAAUCACCGAGUCUCCUCGCAGCCGCCAUCACAAGACAUACCGAAGUAGUACGUGGGACCUCGCUCUCUGGCAGGGUCAUCAUGAGGACGACAUUGUAUUUCGGAUUGCCCCUCGUUGCCUCAAGGUGUUAUCUUCGCUUGGCUUCUCUGUCUCGUCCCAUAUGCCACGGGUUGUACGGUACUCGGAGCAGGAGUUAUCCGUGAAGAUCGUUCUUGCGUACCCUAGCGGGGACGUUGCUUCUGGCCAUGGAUGCACGCAGACCAUCGAGAUCACUCUGGUCAUCAAGAAGGAGGCUUCGCAAAACUGGAGAACGGUCGAUUUCUAUGUCGUGAACUUCCUCGGCGUCCCAAUCAAUAAUGCUGAGUCUCCCUCCCGAUUCCAUUCGAACACCACUUCCCCCGAAGUGGCUGAUCAUUCUAUCGUCAUGAUGGCCGCUUCCAUGUGGGGGAACGAGGACUACUGCUUCUAUCAUAAUCGGCGGACACUCCUGGGCCCCACAAUGACUACAACACAAUGGCUCCCCGGUGACGUACCAUUUCGCUGCGUAGUCUCUUCUGAUCCUCCGAAAUGUGGCCAAGGUCCCCAGUUCACUUCUCGGUCCUUGGAGAUCUCAGUGAGGCCCUUUUUGGACGACUCAGAUACUUUGCACCCGAACUACAUGUGGCUGUAUAUAGACCUCUCCGAGAAGCGCACAUUCUGGUUACAGAAGGACCGCCUAUUCUGGUAUCAUGGACAGCCCUAUUCCUUCAACGAUUCACAGGAGGAUCAGGAAGUGUCACAAUCUGGCGACUCACACGAGGACACCGAGGUGCACCUUUCCUCCGCAGGCUUUGCAACGUCCUCGACGUUCGUUCCACGCGAAAGCUUGCCGGAUGCGCCUUUCAUGUGGGACAGAAAAUCACCCUACAAGACCCGGCCAUCCCCGACGGAAGUUGGCCGAAUCUCGCUGCCUGGACACCGGAGCUCGUACGCUGCGCCGUCUCGGUUUGACAAGGAAGCAGAGGGUUAUUUCCCCGCCACUGAUCAAGACACGGAGUUAUCCAGUGCAUUACCCACAGCCUCUCCAGAGCCCUUGGUCCGCGUUCUUUCAAAGUCGACGGAUGGUGCAAACAUGGACACCGUUGUUUCGGAGAUGGAUUCCGGAGAGGUGGGCGCAGACGGCACCCCAAGAGCCAGGCGUGCAACAGACGAGGAGUUACGACUCAGGGCAGCAGCAAACCGACAGACAUCGCUCGUCGCACGGGCACCGGAACCUUAUGCUUCGCACCUAAAUUCCUCGAGCAAUGCGAAUUCGAAAGACGGACACCCCUCUUCAAAGUCUCUUGCCCCAUCCUCCUCGGCGCAUCCGCAAGACGUCCAGGAGCUCGCCUCGGAGGAUCCGGGGGCCCUUAACGCGGGCCGCGAGCCUGAGGAUCACGACGCGUGGCGACGCGAGAACGACGCCCUGCGAACGAGAAUCUCCGCGAUGAGCACCCAGUUGGAAUGUCUCGCGUCUCGCAACACCGUGAUGGAAGCGGAGAAUGCCCGCCUGUCGACCCAAAUGGCAACUGUCCUCGCGAGACUCGAGGACCUGCCUGCAGAGCAAGGUCCCAACGCCGCCGGGGAUGUUCGUCCGUCGAACGGUCCGUCAAAGACCAGCGACGCAGAAGUACAAGAGCCGAAGGCAACCCCCAUUCCUGCUGUGGCCCCCUCCAAGGAAAAGGGAAAGAGCUGCGCAGUAACCUUCUCCCCUGCCUCACCAGACCCAAAGGCCACUGCUUCAGGCGAGACGGCGCUGACUAUACAUGCCUCACUCGAGUCUUCGCGGAGUCUGGACAAGGAGGACACGGAUGAGGCGAACACCCCCGCCCUCAGAGGCGACGUCGCGGUGGAGCCUGUCGAGACCGUGCUCGAGGAGCGCGACCAGGCUUUCGAACAUCGACAGGCCUCAAGCCUUCCCCUCCGUCUCUCAGAAUCCGGAGUCGGAGUCGAGUCCAUCCCAGAAUCCUUGCCUGGGCAUGUCGCAGAAACGCACAGUGCAGCCAGCAUUGCCGACGAACGUGUCGGAAUCCUCCCCGAGGACGCUGAGGCCCCCGAGAACAGCGCCGAGCGCAAGAUCAACGACAUUGGGCGUCGCCUGGUGAAUGUCGGCAAGGAUAUCCGCGAGCCUGUCGUCUGCACCAGCACGAGCAUGGUCACCGAGUGUGCGCCUGAGCUCCUCCGCGAUCGCUUCGGCGAGCUUCGGGGCCCCGCGACAACGCCCUCGCAGGACACCCAGGACGUCCGUGGUAUGAUCACGCCUCGUGUCCCUAUUGCGACGUCAACCGCUCCGCAGACUACGAAAACUCGGGCGUCCCUCGGAGACGCACCCUCUGUGUCCCCGAUCCUCGAGGAUCAAGACUUUCCGUCCGGGACGACCUUACCCUCCUCCGCUCACACGUCCCCCAACGAGCGCACCCGCACGCAGGGAGACUUGACGGACACCCGCGCGCCCAAGAGGCCCCGCCCCACGAUGGCUACUGGCAGAGAACCCGUCGCCGGUCGCGGUACCGCCCCAGCCCACGCUCCCGCGGGGCUGUCCGCGAUCGUGCGCUUCGGAUCGGCUUGCUGGAGUGCGGAUGCUGCGUUCAUCCGCUUGGAGGUGCGCGCAAUCGCUCGCGCGGCAUGGGAUGCGCUGCCUACGCUUUUUGAAGCGGUAGUGGACGUCUCCCGGGACCCAAGCAGCGACACCUAUGUCCUGAUCGAGUUCCCGUCCACUCUUCUUGCGCAAGUCUUCGUCGAUGUCUGGGUCGAGAAGAAGAACCUGACGCCGAACCAUCAUCAGCAUGUCCAGGCGUUCGUACUGGCUACGGUUUCGGUACGCAAUGCAGCCUUGUCGUCGCAGAUAGACGCGAUACUCGCGCGACCAGAUGCCCUGACUACACCUCAAUGUGGCAUAGGACCAGGCAGCGACGCCGACACCGAGGGAGAGGGUAUCGCGUAA